GGUCUGCUGGGAAGUUGUCAUACAAUGCUCCCACACCCCACACCCCACCCCACCCCCGCCUGGGUGAACUCAGGGGCAGUGGGACCUAAGGGAAGCGCCAGCAGGCUCUCUUUAUGAGACCCGACAAGGCUUUGAAAAUCCCCAGCGCUGCUCCAUCCCCGAGGUCCUCACCGCUGCCUGACGACGUAAAGGGCGAGCAUGGAUGCCCAGCUGCGAACAUCUGGCCUCCACGCUGGAUGUUUCCGAGAAAGCAGGCAGAAUGGAAUGGGGGUCAGAGUAGGGGGAGAGGAGGUGGAGGAGGGUUCCUGAAGAGCCACAGCCUGUCUCAGAGGACCCGCCUAGAAUGUGUUGACCGCAAGAAAUUGGUUUGGAUUGGGUUAUUUGGGGGAAGGGGUGGAGCUUGGAGUGGGGGAGGAGGCUUGUAUGGUCCAGGGAAGAAAAAGUCCAAGGAUGCCCCCAGGACUCCCAGGUUGCUGGAUUCUCUGAAAGGAUUCCAAGCCUGCUGGAGGGCCAAGGAAACAUACUUCGAACUCUUGUUGGGACCGCGUGACAGAGGCUCCCUACAGCUGAGUGGAGCUGGCCUGAACUUUGGACCUUGCCUUCCAGUAGGAAUCAGUAUCUCAGCCCCACAGGAGCUGAUCAUGGCCUCCAAGCAAGAGAAGAGGGUGGCCUCCUCUGUCUUCAUCACCCUGGCCCCCCCACGCAGAGAUGUGGCAGUGACUGAGGAAGUGACCCAGGCAGUUUGUGAAGCCCGACGUGCUCGACCCUGGGAGACCCUUCCCACAAAGACACCUGGGGCUGCAGUGGGCAGGAGCCCCAAGACCUGGACGCCCUCUGGCAGGACCACUGCCUCACUCCCUGAAGUCCCACCUCAGCUCUCCAAUGGAGGAUGCUCUCUCCCACCUCCUCCCCUGAAUGAGGAGGACUUAGACCUCCUCCCGCCUCCUCCACCACCCCCUUCUGCCUACCUGCCUCUCCCAGAAGAGGAGCCUCCUGUCGUGCCCGGAUCAUCGCUCAUUUCUGACUUGGAGCAACUGCACCUGCCCCCACCCCCACCUCCACCCCUGCUACAGGCUCCAUCAAAGGGAUCUUCGGUCCAGCCUCAGCCUGUUCAGGUCAGGCCCUCGGAAGAGGAGCUUCCUCCCCCUCCAGAAGAGCCUGUUACUCUUCCAGAGAGAGAAGCAUCCACAGAUGUCUGUGGUUUCUGUCACAAGCCCGUGUCCCCUCGAGAGCUGGCUGUCGAGGCCAUGAAGAGGCAGUACCAUGCCCAGUGCUUCACCUGUCGUACCUGCCGCCGCCAGUUGGCUGGACAGAGAUUCUACCAGAAAGAUGGACGUCCCCUGUGCGAACCUUGCUACCAGGAUACUCUGGAGAAGUGUGGCAAGUGUGGAGAGGUAGUCCAAGAGCAUGUCAUCCGGGCCCUUGGCAAGGCCUUCCACCCACCCUGCUUCACCUGCGUGACCUGUGCCCGGUGCAUCAGCGAUGAGAGCUUCGCGCUGGACAACCAGAACCAGGUGUACUGUGUGACUGACUUCUACAGGAAAUUUGCCCCUGUGUGCAGCAUCUGUGAGAAUCCCAUCAUCCCCCGAGACGGGAAGGACGCCUUCAAAAUCGAGUGCAUGGGAAGGAAUUUCCAUGAAAACUGUUACCGUUGUGAGGACUGCAGUGUCCUCCUGUCUGUGGAGCCCACCGACCAAGGCUGCUACCCGCUGAAUGACCACCUCUUCUGCAAACCUUGUCACAUGAAGCGGAGUGCUGCUGGGUGCUGCUGAAGAGUCCCGAUGGCUGGCCCGCCCUUCCCUGACUUGGUUUCCCCUCCCGACCUUUCUUGCAUACGUUCCUUUUGAGCCUCACUGGGCACUAGCGCACUGCACUGUCCAAAUGCAUGGGCCUGAGACACUGGGGCAUGGCCUCCUAGUACAUACACAGCACCCUCCAGACAGACUUCCAACUCCUCUCCCUCCAUUGACCAGGAGGCCCCUCACCACCAGAGUGGGACCCUGGUCCUUCCCUAGUGCUGGCCUGAUGUGUUUAUGGGGACAGGUCUCAGGGUGAUGCCUGUGUCUCUGACCAUGGUGCUUAACUGCCUGGCAGAAGGUGCUGAGGCCUCAGCUUGGAGGGUGGAGCUGAGUUGUGUGAAGUGCGCCAUGGUGGCACACACCUUUAAUCCCAGGACUUGAGAGGGUGUCUACAUUCCCGGCUAGUCUGAUCUACAGAGUGGGUUCUAUUUAAAUGAUGCAAAACAAUAUUCUUUGGAUUGGGGGGAGAGAAAUCUCUUAAUUUUUCUUUUCUUUUUUGGUGGGGUAAAAUCACUAAAUAUCUUCCCUUGGUUCGGGGGCUGCCAAGCUGGCUCAGCGGUUAAGAGCGUUUGCUCCUUUUGCAGAAGACCAGAGUUCAUUUCCCAGACCCACCAUGGAGGCUCAUAAAACUACCUGUCCUGUAACUCCAGUUCCAGGAGGUCUGGUGCCCUCUACUGGCCUCUUUGGAACCUGACUGAACAUGGCGUACACACGCACGCACGCACACACACACCUUUAAUCCCAGUACUUGGGAGGCAGAGGCAGGUGGAUCUCUGCAUUGGAAGGCAGCCAGAGCUACAACGUUUAAAAACCAAACCAAACAAAAAACCUACCUGGGUUUGGUGGUGCAUACCUAUGACCCCAGUGCUUGGGAGAAUUGCCAGAAGCUUGAGACCUGCUUGGUCUUCAUAGAAUUCCACAUCAGUCUUGGCAGCGUUCAGAGUCUCUGUCUCAGAAAUAAAUAAACAAACUAUAAAUACAUAAGAAUGUGAAGUAGUGACCACUCAGCCUCCCUGCCUCUGAAACACCUGCUGACUUGGAGCUGGGCUCAUGGAGGAGAGGGAGGUUGAUGAGCAGCCUCCUCCUGCUUCCGGACCCUGCUGUGAGCUUUUGGAGUAGCUCACAGACUUGGAUUAAGUGCCUUUGACUUGCUAGGGAACACAUUUGGGGCUGAGCCUCUUUCCUCCAGACUUCUUCACUGUGACUGUGGCCUCAACAAGUACAUACAUGUGUGUGGUUGUGAACACACACACACACACACCCCAGAAUGAGGCCAGAGAAAGUCACAUCUCUGGCCUCCCAUUUGUAUCUUCCAGCCCUCACUUCAGCUCUUCAGCUAGGCUGCUCAAAACCACUGCCUCUGUGAGGCCACACCUAGAACAUUCUUCCUUUUGAUGACUCAGCUGGUCAUCAAAGAGGCCCUUGACUCCAAGUCUGAUGACCCGAGUUCCAUCUCUGGGACCCACAAGGAAGGAGAGAACGAACUCCCACAAGCUGUCCUCUGGUUUACACCUGCACACCAAGAUACACAUCUGUGCACACACAUCUAAUAGAGAUAAAAUGUAAAGUAGAAAAAAAUCACGUUUGUGCUUUGUAACUUCUGAGGUGCACGUAGAAAAAUUAAACCUAUUUUCCUGGC